CAUCAACCUGCCUUAUCAACAUCAACUCACACCCCUCACAUCACUAUCAACGACACUACCACCAAGCCCAAGAAUCACCCUCAAUACCAUAUCCAAAAUGCUGCUCGACGAAAACCCCGCCACUCUCAUCCACCACACAAUCGGCAACUUCAACAUCCAACCGGACAAACAAGCCGUCACGCGCAUCAAUGACUCGCUGGCCACGCUGCAGCAGUCGCGCGAGCUGCGCAUGCGCGAGGCCGAGUCCGCCCUCCGCAAGCUCUCGCGCCACCUGUCGGCGCUGCACAACCAGCAAGAAGAGGCCGUGGCCGCGCACGACGCCGGCCAGCACGCCGCCGAGAUGGUCGAGCUCGACACCAAGAAGUUCCGCAUCGCCAAGAGCGCCACCGAGCUGGAGAUCGAGAGCGAGCGGCUCGAGGGGGAGCUCGAGAUGCUCCGCGAGCGGCUGGCGGAUCUGGAGGCGCAGGGCGUCGAGGGGGAUGAGCCCACGCGCCGGGAGCGCGAGAUGGAUGAUGCGACGCUUCUGCGAUUGAAAAUCUACCGAUCCCUGGGUGUCGAUAUCGAAGCGGACGAGACGGGCAACUUCCACAAAGCGGUGAUCCGGAAUAGUCGCAAGGGCGACGUGCACGUCGUCAACAUUGACCCGAAGUUCUCGCGGUUCUUCUACUCGAAUUAUUUCUGGUCGACCAUGCAGGGGUAGAGGUGUUGUUACUCUUCGGGAUGGCGUUUCGUUGGUUUAGAUGGUGUAGUUGUUGGUUGGUGUUUGGUUCCCUCGGCGUCUCUUACUGUAUCUUACAUGCUUGAUUAUACCCCCCCUCCGCCGCUGCUGAAUCGAAUCUAC